AUUUAAGCUAAUUUUUACCCAUCCGUACGGUUAAAAGCGAUAAUUACCUUUGCCGGUGUUACCUAUCGUCUCUCUUUCCAGUUUCCAUCCCUCUCCUGCCAGUCGAAGGCGACGCAAUUCCAUAAUCUUGCAGGUUCACGAUCAUCGUCGUCGUCUCUCCACCUCUCUAUAGAAUUUGGACUUAUAGGAAGCAACUAUGUUUGGUUCUAGCAACUCAGUAUUUUGUGGUUCAUCAUCACCUUCUUUUGGAGCUUCAUCAACCCCAGCUUUUGGUGCUUCAUCUUCUGGUUUUGAUUGCAAAUCCUUAUCCAGUCAAAAACCCUCAGUCUUUGGAUCCACAACACCAACACAACCCACAUUUGGAAGCAAUCUUUUUGGGUCAACUCAAUUUGGAGCUUCAAGUCAACCCUCUUUUAGCACUCCAAGCACCCCAACAUUCUGGAGUUCAACCACCCCUGCCUUUGGUGCCACAUCAGCAUCCGCCUCCGGGUCCACAUCUUCCCCUGCAUUUGGUAGCUCUCCGUUUGGUGCCACAUCAGCAGCUGGCUUUGGUGCCACAUCUACCCCUGCAUUUGGUAGCUCUCCUUUUGGCGCCACAUCAGCAGCCGCCUUUGGUGCCACAUCAGCAUCUGCCUCCAGGUCCACAUCUUCCCCUGCAUUUGGUAGCUCUCCUUUUUGUGCCACAUCAGCAGCUGCCUUUGGUGCCACAUCAGCAUCCGCCUUUGAGUCCACAUCUACCCCUGCAUUUGGUAGCUCUUCUUUUGGUGCCACAUCCGCCUCCGGGUCCCCAUCUACCCCUGCAUUUGGUAACUCUCCUUUUGGUGCCACAUCAGCAGCCGCCUUUGGUAGUUCUUCUUUUGGUGCCACAUCAGCAUCCGCCUUCGGGUCCAAAUCUACUCCUGCAUUUGGUAGCUCUCCUUUUGGUGCCACUAGCUUGCCUUUUAGUUUUUGGUCAAGUCCAGUAUCUGGUCAGUCCACAUCAGCAUUUGGUAAUGCCACGUCACCGCUUGGGGUGCAAAGUUCGCCUUUUGGUGUUAAGGCGACAACACCAGCAUUUGGGAGUUGUGGUUUUGGUCAAACAUCAUUUGGUGGUCAACGUGGUGGAAGUAGAGUAACUCCUUAUGCUCAGACACCUGAGGAAAACAAUGGUGGUGGGACCCACCCUGCUGUAAAAUUUCAGUCCAUAUCAGCAAUGCCUGCAUUCAAAGAGAAAAGUCAUGAAGAACUUAGAUGGGAAGAUUAUCAACAAGGAGAUAAAGGGUGUCCAAAUCUUAUUGGAUUCAACAACACACAAUUAAAAGCAAAAUCUUUUCCCCUAAAAUCUUCAACUUUCACUACCCCCGGAUUUGGUACCACAGGGUCUACAUUUGGAAGCUUCCCUUUUGGUGCAUCUAGUACACCGGUGUCUAGUGCCACGUCAGCAUUUGGUAGCAGCCCAUUUGCUACUGCCACGUCACCAUUUGGGGCUCAAAGUUCGCCAUUUGGUGGUCAAGCGACAACACCAGCAUUUGGGAGUUGUGGUUUUGGUCAAACAUCAUUUGGUGGUCGACGUGGCGGGAGUAGAGUAACUCCUUAUGCUCAGACACCUGAGGAAAACAAUGGUGGUGGGACCCACCCUGCUGUAAAAUUUCAGUCCAUAUCAGCAAUGCCUGCAUACAAAGAUAAAAGUCAUGAAGAACUUAGAUGGGAAGAUUAUCAACAAGGACAUAAAGGGUGUCCAAAUCCUAUUAGUCAGACAUCUGGUGGAAUGGGAUUCAGCAACACACAGUCAAACCCUUUUUCUUCUUCACCUUCUCUUGGACAAACAAGCUCUUGCUUCGGGCAGUCUGCCCGGUUAUUUGCAAAGAGUCAACGGGCAAGUUCAGUAUUCGGUCAGUCCAUGUCAGCAUUUGGUGGCAGCUUGUGUGAUACUUCCAUGUCACCAUUUGGUGUUGAGGCGACACAACCAGCAUUAGGGGGUUCUGGUUUUGGUCAAACAUCAUUUAGAGGUCAACGUGGUGGAAGUAGAGUAACUCAUUAUGCUCAAACACCUGAGGAAAACAAUGGUGGUGGGACCCACUCUGCUGUAAAAUUUCAGUCAAUAUCAGCAAUGCCUACAUACGAAGACAAAAGUCAUGAAGAACUUAGAUGGGAAGAUUAUCAACAAGGAGAUAAAGGGGGUCCAAAUCCCAUUGGUGGAAUGGGAUUCAACAUCACACAAUCAAACCCUUUUACCUUUCCACCAGCAUUUACCCAAGCAAGCUCUCUCUUCGGGCAGACUGCCCCAUCAUUCGGGCAGGGUACUCCGGCUUUCGGUCAGUCAAAUGCAUUUGGUGGAAACUUGGGAUUCAAUCAGACAACUCCUUUCAUUUCAAUGCCUUUUCAAUUGGUGGCUCAACCUACUCAAAAUUCAAGCGGUUUUGGCUUCGGGACGCCAACAGGUGGCAUUGGUGGGACAUUAAGCGUGUUUAGUCAGAACAAUUUAGUGUGCUUUUUUGCAUGUUUAAGCAUUAAGGAACAAUAAAGAUUAUUGUUCUAAAUUGUCCAUAGUUAUGUGUUAGAUACGUGUC